ACCUCCUCCCGACUGCCUUUUUAAAUACAUUUAUUUUCAUUGUUAGAGUGGCCACUUGAGUAUCUGGUCAACAAUGGAUCAUCUGUGGUAUCCAUCUGGGAAAGGCUAUAUGGACACUCCUGACCUGCAAAUUGAUAUUUAAUUUCAGAAUCGGUUAAAAUUAGAUUACGGUAAGGGUUAAGGGUUUGGUUAAAGUAAGGGUUCGUUUUAUAUUUUAGUUAGUCGUUUGCAGGUCAGCAGUGUCCUUAAGUCUCUCCCAUAGAUCUGAGGAACAGAGAGGAGAGGGGCAGGAUUCUGAGGUGAGGUAGAGAGAGACAGAGACAGGGGAGCCGAGGUUGAUCGCUACAACAACACUCAACUCAGUCAGUACGGAAUAAGCUGCUAGAGACACACUGCGGGGUCUGGGAAGGAAAUCUGUCACAGGGGACGAAGAAGGAGUGGAAGUGUUUAUGUUGCUGGAUGGACUUGUAUUUUUAUAUCGCAACUUAGUUUUUCCCUUUUCCUCUCCUUUCCUUUCCACCGCCCUAACGGAUCGCAUUCCGCGGAGCAGCUGCGCUUUAAUGCCCCUGCGCACUCGAGGAGGAGAAGGAGAGCAGAGGCCUGACUUCUCGGAAACCGCUCCGCCGCCCCUCACGCCUCUCCCCCGUGGCUGUCUGUCCCCUCUUCCCUCCUGGCCCUGUAUGGACGGGGAUGGGGAGAGCCGGAUGUUGUUACCGCGGGGCUGAGCGCCUCGCAUCCCCACCGAGGGUGCCCCGUCUGCGGCCGUUGCUGGUGCUGCUCUUUGCUCUCUGCUACGGGGCUCACAGAGGUGGUCAUUGCCAGGUGGCCACCCCUCAGUGUCGUAUCCAGAAGUGCACCACAGACUUUGUGACCCUGACGUCUCACCUGACCCCAGCGCUGGAUGGCUUUGACGUAGAGUUCUGUAAGGCUCUGAGGUCCUACAGCGCCUGCACCCAGAGGACAGCCAAGUCCUGCAGGGGCAACCUGGUCUUCCACUCUGCUGUCCUGGGCAUCUCAGACCUCAUGACCCAGAGAAACUGCUCCCGUGACGGGCCCACCUCCUCCACACACCCCGAGAUGCAAUCAGAGCCCUGCAACUACCACAGCCGCACCCAGCAUGCUCACACACACCCUCACACACACACUCACACGCUGCCAGGGUACCUGUUCUGCGGGCUGUUCGGGGACCCCCACCUGCGGACGUUUAAGGACAGCUUCCAGACCUGCAAGGUGGAGGGGGCGUGGCCGCUUAUUGACAACGACUACUUGUCUGUGCAGGUGACCAACGUUCCAGUGGUAACGGGAUCCAGCGCCACGGCGACCAAUAAGAUCACCGUCAUAUUCAAGCCCUUUGAGGAGUGUACAGACCAGCGUGUUUACCAGGCAGUAACAGAUGACCUGCCCGCUGCCUUCGUAGACGGUACCGUGAGCAGUGGGGCCCCUGACCACAACCUUAACGGAAAUACCGGGAAGGUACAAGCGCUGUGGAUCUCGGAGCAUAGCCCCGGUCGCCACGUGGAGCUGCAUGCCAGCUACAUCGGCGUGACAGUUAUCGUACGGCAGCUGGGGCGCUACCUGACCCUGGCGGUGCGCAUCCCGGAGGAGAUGGCCCAUGCCUACGACGCUACGCAGGACCUGCAGCUCUGCCUGAAUGGAUGUCCCACCUCGGAACGCAUCGACCGGGGGGGUCACCUGCCCCUGCCUCUCCCUCUACCACGUCCAGCCCUGGGCUUACAGCUCCAACAGCCACACGGCCAGGGCCAGUCCUCACACACACACUCCCACACGGCUCCCUACAGCGCCCCCCAUGGAUUCAGUAUGGAGGGUGCGCGGGCACGCUGCAGGGAGCAGCUUGAGGUGCAGGAUAUUUAUUUCCACUCGUGUGUGUUUGACCUCCUGACCACCGGGGACGCUAACUUCACGGCAACGGCGUUCAGCGCCCUGAAGGACAUGGAGAGUCUCCACCCCCACCGCGAGCGCUGGACGAUCUACCCACCCAGCUCAGCCCACACCUCUCAGCCUAUCACAUGGUUCCUACUGCUUACGCUCUGUGCGCUCGGAUAGGCACUGGUAUAGCGUGAGUGUGUGUUUGUGUGUGUGUGUGUGUGUGUGUGUGUGUGUGUGUGUGUGUGUGUGUGUGUGUGUGUGUGUGUGUGUGUGUGUGUGUGUGUGUGUGUGUGUGUGUGUGUGUGUGUGUGUGUGUGUUUGUGUAUGUGUGUGUUAAUAUAGAGCUCCUAGCUGAGCUGUAGGAUAAAGUUCCCUCUUGAUGCAGAUCUAAGUUCAGUAUUGUGUUUUUCGCUCUAAUGGUUAUGAUUGGGGAGGGUGACCUAAGCUGAUCCUAGAUCUUUGUCUAGGAGAAACUUCUAACCAGAGCCCCUCUGGAGAUUUACCCUUUUCUUCUUCUUGAUUGAACACCCGGGGUAUAUUACUGCCACAAAUGAGCUGCAAGCCCACAGGUCCGAGCCCACAGGUGGAUUCUGAACAGAUUCCAUGACAGUCUUGUACUAUUCCCAACUUUGCUAUGUGGGAUCUAGCAAACCUUGUGGAGAUUAUGACCUAUCUAUAUGUGAGCAAGCCUUGUGGAGAUUAUGACCUAUCUAUAUGUGAGGAUAACACAUAAAGGAAGACUCCAAUAAACACUCCCAACUUGUGUGUAUAUUGUAUAAACACACCCCAGACUGUAAAUAGUGUGUGUGAGUAUUGUAUCCAGGAACUCUGAAUGGCGUCGAGUUUUUGUUUUUAUUUUGCCUUGAUUUUGUUGUGAUAGUUUUUUUUAUACCUCAGACAGGAAGUUGAUUUAACCGAAGCACUUUAUUUAUUUUUUGUUGCUAAAUCCACACCAGUGUUUCCCCUCUCUACCCCACCCCCUCAACCUUUCCCCUCUCUCCUCUCUACCCCACCCCCUCUCUACCCCACCCCCUCUACCCUCUCUACCCCACCCCUCAACCUUUCCCCUCUCUCCUCUCUACCCCACCCCUCUCUA